CCUUUCCUGACGCCGAGUGAAGCCUCCCAUACAGAUGAGCACUGGAAGCAACGCACCUCUUGACGUAGCCGUACAGACCGGUUGCGGUGCCACACUCGGUGUGCAAUACGUCCGUACAGCACGUAUUGCGCAACGUGACUGAUGCUCCGUACUGGCUCGGUACGGUGGAAACCACAAAAAAGCGGUCUCGUUGGCGAGGAGCUGUGGAUAAAAACCCGUCGGCCGACCGGACCGGAGGACCGGACCCUCCCCUCGUCAUUUGCCACAGGGAGAGAUGAGCCGAGUCGCCGUGUCGCUCGUGAUGUGACUCAGUAAUUCGCGUUUGUACGUAUGGAGAUAAGCAGCCUCUGAGGACUUCAUCCAUCGGAAAGGUGAAGACGGGGAGAAUUGGGCUGUUUUGCGGCGACAGGGGGAGUGAUGAGAGCUUCAUCUGACAGCUCGCAGCCGACGCAGCAUCCGCGGCGUGAGCUCUGACCACAGCUGGAUUUGAUGAGCUUCGUCCGUGGGCGCCGAAUCUUCGACAGAACCCGUGUGUCCUCACUCGUUUUUGUCGUGUUUUUACAGAGUACUAUUUAAAAUAUUAUAGGCCACUGGAGGUAAGAGGGUGGUUUUGAAUACAUUUUUUGUUCUAUUUUUAUUUAUUUAUUUUUAAAGACCGGCCUCUUUGCAGUUCAUUCCCCGCUCCUGGCCGCGCGUCUUACCCGUCUGCCUCGUCACAUCCUAAGCGGCGUCUGGGUGCCGCUCGGCAUUUUCGUUCAUUCUCCUACAUGGCAGCUCACACUGAAGGCUAAUUUACAUUAUUUCACUUACCUUCUUUGAAAAUACACAGACUAAAUUAAUCGACGAGAAGUGCCGCGUCUAUGCGCCUCCGUCGCACCGCCCCGGAAAGGACUUCUUCCCACUGAGAGAGCUGGAUAUGCAGAGAUUAACGUGAAAGGAUGGAUCUAAUUGUCGCUGUUUUGGGGCUGCUGGCGCUGGUCGUCGGAGGCAUCAGCUGCCAAGGAGUGUAUGCACCUCCAACUGUCCGCAUCAUUCACUCCGGGCAUGCCUGUAACGUUGAAGAGGAGAGACACACAGAGAGGGUGUACACCAUCAGAGAAGGAGAGACGCUGGAGCUCACCUGCCUAGUGACAGGCCAUCCUCGGCCACAGAUCCGAUGGACAAAGACAGCUGGCAGCGUGUCAGAUCGCUUCCAGGACUCCAGUGUGUUCAAUGACACUUUGAACAUUGCGAAGAUCCAGAGGACACAGGGGGGUCGCUACUACUGCAAGGCUGAGAACGGCCUCGGUUCCCCAGCAAUUAAAUCCAUCCGAGUGGACGUCUAUUACCUCGAUAACCCGGUGAUUACGGUUCACCAGAGUAUAGGAGAAGCAAAGGAGCAGUUCUACUAUGAGAGGACUGUAUUCCUGCGCUGUGUGGCCAACUCCAAUCCGCCCGUCCGCUACAGCUGGCAUCGUGGGAGGGAAGUUUUGACACAGGGAUCCGACAAGGGUGUGGAGAUUUAUGAGCCGUUUUUCACACAGCAGGGGGAAACAAAGAUCCUGAAGUUGAAGAACCUGCGUCCUCAAGAUUACGCCAACUACAGCUGCAUCGCCUCUGUCCGAAAUGUGUGUGGGAUUCCUGACCGCAGCGUUAUCUUCGGACUCACCAAUAAGACAGCUUCUCCAUCUAUCAAACUUCUGGUGGAGGAUCCAAUCGUGGUUAAUCCUGGUCAGACCGUGUCGCUGGUCUGCAUCUCCACAGGAGGGGAGCCGUCCCCCAUCCUCACCUGGGUCAGCAGCAACGACAGCCUGCCGCAGAGAAGCAUAGGGAAGGGGGGCACGCUCACGCUGCCCGCCAUCACCUCGGACGAAGCCGGGGUUUACAGCUGCGUGGCCAGCAACAACGUGGGAAAUCCGGCCAAGAAGUCCACCACCAUCGUGGUGCGAGCUUUGAAGAAAGGACGGUUCUGGAUCACGCCUGACCCCUACCACAAUGAUGACAACAUCCAGAUUGGGCGUGAAGUCAAGAUAUCCUGUCAGGUGGAAGCAACACCACCAGAGGAACUGACAUUUAGCUGGUUGAAGAACGGCCGUGCCCUUCGGAGUUCAGAGCGCAUGGUCAUCACUCAGACGGACCCCGACAUCUCGCCCGGGACCACCAACCUGGACAUCAUAGACCUGAAGUUUACCGACUUUGGCACAUACACCUGUGUGGCUGCGUUGAAGGGCGGAGGCAUUCCUGAGAUCAGCAUUGACGUCAACAUUUCCUCCACAACUGUCCCUCCUCUGUUUUUCUCUUUCUUAGUUCCUCCCAGCCUGACAGUCCCCCGGGGCAAGUCCCCCCUGGUGGCCCGUGAGGGUGACACAGUGGAGCUGGAGUGCCUUGUUUCAGGGAAGCCUAAGCCCAUCAUCCUGUGGUCACGAGCAGACAAGGAGGCGCCCAUGCCCGACGGCAGCAUGCAGAUGGAGAGCUAUGACGGCGUCCUGCGGAUUGUGAACGUCUCCAGGGAGAUGACGGGGUCAUACCGCUGCCAGACCAGUCAGUACAACGGCUUCAACGUGAAGCCCCGGGAGGCUGUGGUGGAGCUGAUCGUCCAAUAUCCUCCCACAGUGGAGCCUGUGCACAUGGAGGUCCGUCAGGGCAUGGAGAGGCCGGUGGUGAUGACCUGCAGGGUGCUGCGAGCUCACCCCUCUCGGGUGUUGAGGUACGAGUGGCGUCUCGCAAACAGUGUGCUCAACAACGGCGCGUUUGACACACACAAAGACGAGACCGUGCACAAGAUCAGCAGCCUGAAUCAUGAAAGCUUGGGGGUGUACACGUGCAACGUCAUCAAUGAGGCCGGAGCAGGCAAAUGCACAUUCAACGUGACAGCUAAAGCUUACCCUCCGGAGUUUUACUACGACACCUACAGCCCUCUGUGGCAAUACAGGCCGCGAGUCUAUGGCUUCAAGCUGCAGUGGACCCAGAUGAACCCCGAUGCUGUGGACCGCAUCUUUGCCUACAGGCUCAGCAUCAGACAGGUGGGCUUGCAGCGCUGGUGGGAGCAGGAGAUCUCUGUGAGCAAUACCAUCGGCAAAGGGGAGCUCAUGACACACAACCUUACCGAGCUGAUAAGACCCGAAUCGUACGAGGUGCGUCUCACUCCCAUCACUCAUUCUGGAGACGGUGACCCCACCGUCCGGAUCGUCACCUACAGCGCUCCCAUCAACCCUCACUUGAGGGAGUUCCACUGCAGCUUUGAGGAAGAGCCAAUCUGCAUGUUUACCCAGGACAAGAACGAUGAUUUUGAUUGGACGAGGCACAGCGCCGCCACCCGGGACACAAAGUACACACCCAACACCGGCCCCAGCGCGGACCACUCUGGAUCUAAGCAGGGUUUCUACAUGUAUAUUGAGACAUCCAGGCCACGUAAAGAAGGAGAUCAGGCACGGCUUGUAAGCCCCUUUUUCAACAUCGCACCCAAAAACCCUUACGGCAUCCCCAACCCGCCCGCCUAUUGCUUUGGCUUCUUCUACCACAUGUACGGGAAACACAUAGGAAAACUUAAUGCCUUUCUAAAGCAAAAGGGCCAAAUGACCUUAGAGGCUCCUGUGUGGUCACUAAGUGGUAACCAAGGUGACCGGUGGAAGCAGGCCAAAGUAAGCAUCCAUCCCACAUCGUCCUUCCAGGUCGUUCUCGAAGGCGUCCGGGGCCCAGGAAUCGAGGGGGACAUCGCCAUCGACGAUAUCACGCUCGAAGAAGGGGAGUGUCGAGAUCCACCGCCCAAUAUCAGUGCCAAUGCUCUGUCCACAUCCUCCCAUAUAUGGUUGCUUUGCACCACCAUGGUGCUGACCCUCCUGGAAGGUCAAAGGUGACCCCCUUUCUUCGUCAUCUCGGAGGAGAGAGUUCAGACCCAACGUCUGUGAGCUAUACCCUCAGCAUCCAAUCACCAAAGAUUCAUGCAUACUGAAAGCAUCAGGGUCCCCGGAAGGACCACAGACCACGGGGGGAGGGCGGGGUAGAGUUUGUGAAAGCAAGACGAGACAAAAAGUAAUAAAGAACACAUGCUACUUUUCCAUUUGAAGAGACCUCUUUUAUGUAAAACACUCUCGAUGCAGGACUUGGGAUGAUUCUUACGAGCACAAGAAAGAGGAGUUUACAUGGGUUGAGGGAAAUCAGUUUGCGAAGCACAAGAAUCCUUUUUGCGAAGAAAUGGAAAAAAUCUUUGGAUGGCAGCGGAACGGACAUAAUGCUGACUUUUUGAAUUUUGAAAACCUUUUCUCUCCUUUCAACUAGAUGGAAUCAGACCAUUCCUUGUGUAUCUUUAUCUUCAUUUUCUUGCAGUAGAUGCCAAUCGCCGCCAUUUUUGUUUUCUCUCUAGCCCAGCCUCACACCACACUUUGGCAUUUCUUCAUCUGCUUGGUGCUCUUCUGUAGAAAAACCUGGAAUCUGACAACAUUGAGUUAUGUCUGCUUAUUCCCCUGUAGCUGCCUACAUAUCUGAUAACACUGUGCUCACGAGUCCAAGUGGCCAAUGGACAGUGUGGUGGCAGGGGAAUAAAAAUAAAUAAAUAAAUAAAUUUUUAAAAAGGCAGAACGAUCAGCAGAGUUGUACACAGCUAGUUCAAAUUUAGGGGGGGAGAAAAAAUAAAGAAGAAGAAGCAAGAUGUGUUCAAAAAGAGUUUGAAAGAGAAGAAACAGGCAGGGAGGAGAGAGGGAUCCGUUUAGUGGCCUGCCUGUGGAAAAGAAGCCACUUUACUUUCUGCCAUGAAACAAAAGUGCCUUCAGAUUACAAACCGAAUCGUGAGCCUGAGUGUUGAUCAACAUUGAACAAGUCUCUGUUCAUGUUUCUUUUGAUGGGCUAUUUUCUAUCCUUUCUUUCGCCCCACAAGUGCUGAAGGGAAGGCAACGCCGUGCUCAGAGGGAGUACAGGGGUGGAGCUGCUCAGCGAUUAUAUUCCCCAUGGGGCAGUCGGUUGCCUGUGACUCCAUGUGUGUGUGACAUGCCUGAGGCGUUGCAUUUUUUUAUUUAUUUUUAUUUUUUUCUUAUUUAACGUGAGGGGCAGCCAACCGCUGCCACGCGUUCAGAAGCAAUGUGGAUGAAAAACAGAAAAGGUGAGGCUGUGGAUUUGCUUUUUUCUUCUCCUGGAAGACGGUUGAAGAUCAAGCAAGUGGAUAAAGACAUCUCAAGGAAUGAAUACCCCACUCUCUUCUCAUGAACCUCCUUCCCUGUGGGCGAGUAUUUUUUAAACAAAAGAGAGAGAAGAGCAACUGCUGAAUAAAACAUGGGAGUUGUACAGGGAGGGACGCAAAAACUUUGGGACCGCAGGCUCCUCGCCGGGGUGACACCGCUCACCCGUCUCCACCCCCAUUUAUAUGGAACAAUAUCGAAAUCAAAAAAAGGGAUAGUGACCAUAUUAAUAGUCGAGAUAUUUUAUUACUCUAGCGAGAAUGUUUCUCUGCUUUUACACAAACUGUGAAGAUUGACUGUGGAAGAUCUACCUGAGACCAUAACCUUAACCAGCGGGGUUUUUAAAAAAUGUAUUAUAAAAAAAAAAAGAAAUCAACAAUGUCAAGAGUUCCGUUCAUUGCUGGUUUUGAGGACUUGUGUCUUGUUUCCUUCUUUCUUUCCUUCUUUUUCUUUUUUUUCGAAGAUGACUUAAACUUCCUUUUCUCUUCUUGUUGUCUCCCUUUUUCGUUGUUGAAAUAUCAAAGCCGACGGAAGCAUAAGCAGUAAACCAAUUUGGUACAUGUAUAACUUGUAAAUGUUCAAGGAGUUCUAUUCAAAGGUUUAUGAUAAAUGUUUUAUGUUGGAGUACAGGAAGCACAACCUACAGUUUAAGGUCUCGACAAUAUAAUAUUCCUUUAUAUUUCUCAACACAUGCGGGGCCUACUCUCACGGAUUCAGGCUUUUCGUCACUCAAGUCCGUGUUCGACAGGAAAUUUUGUCCAUUUUCUACUUAUAUUGUUCAUAUUUAUAAUGCCGCCACUGCAGCCGAGAGUAUAAAUGAAAUCUCCAUGAAUGCAGUCGUGGUUCAACAUAUGUAGCCUCUUCAGUAAAAGCCUGGAUUAGUCUGAGUAGGGUGUGUCUGUGUGUGAGCAUAAAGCUGUGUACAAUAGUUGUUAUAAGAAACUGAAACAUGUAAAGAAGAUAAAUAUGCUAUAAGCAAAACAGAGCAGGAUGACGAGCAUUUCAGGGCAUCCAUACAAUAAUGUUUUGGUCUGUAUGAUAUUAUCAGAGAAAUAUGUUUAUCAAAGAUUUUAUCCAUAGAUUUAUGUUUUGUUUUGUUUUGUUCGUUUUAUUAUUAUUAUUUUAGUCAUUUUCAAUUUCAGAUCACACUGAAUGUAUAUGAAGUUCUUGGGCGUUUUUUUAACCUUACACUCUGACUAGAUGUAAUGUUUUUACUAAAUCACAUGUUUGUUUGUUUUUUCCAUGUGCUUUUGAUGAUGCAGACCUUCUAGUUUAUUUGACGCACCAUAAAGCAUAAAAGAUUUGUCUGAUGACGACUUUGAAGCAGUUUUUCCAAAACUACGAGCUCAGUUAAAACAACCGUAUCACUUAAUGGUAUGGUAGAGAACAAGAAGUGCCAAAGUGUCCGUGCAAAGUCGUCGUUAUUGGCAUCAAUAUGAGUUUAUUAAAAAUAUUUGCUUUCGUACCCCUAAGCAGUACACCAGAACGGCACAUAAUAGCCACAACAGACCCUUUUAAAACACAAAUGCUUCAACAUUUGAUUCAACGAUUCCUUUAGGUAACGAAUGAUUUCUACAUUCUGGGAAACUGUUUUCUACUGGUACCAGUGUCAUGCUACUAGCACAGCCUGCGACUGAAAACAAGUGAGAAAAAGCAGUUUGUCCAACAACCACAAAAUCUUUUAACCAUCUCCUCCAAAACGUUAAAUAAUGCAUUAUAUCUUGUCUGUUUAUUCCUUAAUAAAAUAAAGUGUUUAAAUUCUGAGUUGCCAUUUUUUUCCUGGGGGAAAGGAAGUUAGAGGGCCUGGACAAAGUAUAAAUUUCUGUUUGUCUAGCCUUCAGAUAUUUGGAUUUAAUUUGGCAGUCAGUUCAUUUGUGGAUUUAUUAUUUUUGCAAUCACUUGAAAGGGAGGACAUGGAUAUUUUCCACUAGGUCCAAAUUUUAUCGCACUAAGAAAUAGUAUGUUAGCUUGCGAGCUCUGUGACAGACCUCAUCCGGUUUUUAUUUCAAUUUGACUAACUGGAAAUUUACAUUUGACCUAAGUCACUUCACCAGAUGAAAGAUUUUUUACGCUGCAGCACCAACCCCAUCCCUCAUUUCUAUUUCCGUGCAUUUCGCUAAUUUAAAGCCAUUCUUUUGCCUUUGUACAUGAGCAUUGUGAUUGUAAAAAGUGGGUUGCACUCUGAGCCCUGAUCUACUCUUUGAGUAAAAAUACCUCCGACUAAAUACCAUUGUUUGAAAUAAUAGGCUUUGAAUAUAUAAACAAUGUGGGUCACUUGUGCUUCUUGCAGGUUUUAAUGAGUUAUCUUAAUGAAAAAGAGAUGAGCGAAUCUGUCGAAAGUGAAAAGGCUUCAGAAAUAAAAAGCAGGGCAUUCGUUUUUGUUUAAAAUUAAAACUGGAUGUUAAUAUUAAGUGGCAAAUGUAUUUGGUUUGUGGUAUUGUUUUUCCACCAUCACAUUUGUGACAUGUAUGUUUCUUGGUUUCUCUUUGAAUAAUAAAAAUAAAACAUUU